AUGACGCCUACGAAUUUCGAUUCCGAAGGCGACGACCAAUCCCAAGUCUCCGACACAGAUCGCAAAGUAACCGAAGCCGAUAUUAAACCAAUCGACCCCGACAAACCCCUCACCUGCACCUGCAAAACAUCCUGCGCCACCGCGCGCUGCAAAUGCAACAAAUCCGGCGCCGGCUGCCCCCCCAGCUGCAAAUGCUCCGCAUGCAUCAACCCGCUGAACGCUCUGUCCUCAUUCUUCGCCGACCCGAGCAUGCGCGCCAGCCCAUGUUUCGCAAGUUGGAUUCGGAAGCAAACAAAAAACAAGAGCAAGAGCAAGAAGCGGAAGCGGGACAGCAAGCCAGAAUUCUCUCGCAUCCGACGAGACGCGAGAGGCGUUGCUAUGCCAGUUGAUGGGCGUCGAAGACAGCAGCGAGCAGCCAGAGGGAGAUACUUUUGA